GCGGGACCGGAAGCGGGAGUUUAUCCCCGUCAAAAAUGAGAUAAUUGUUCCGUGUUUUGUGCAGAUUAAUCGGAAGGUUCGAGGGUUUUCCAGGAUGUCCAGCCCGGCGAGGAGCGGGGACAUCAUCCACCUGAACGUGGGGGGGAAGAGGUUCAGCACGUCCCGCCAGACGCUCACCUGGGUUCCAGACUCCUUCUUCUCCAGCCUCCUGAGCGGCCGCAUCUCCACCCUGAAGGACGAGACCGGAGCGAUCUUCAUCGACAGAGACCCGUCCCUGUUCGCCACCAUCCUCAACUUCCUGCGGACCAAGGAGCUGCACCCGCGCUCCGUCAGCGUGCACAUGCUGCUGCACGAGGCCGAGUUCUACGGCAUCACGCCGCUGGUCCAGAAGCUGCAGCUGUGCGAUGAGCUGGACCGGUCCUCCUGCGGGAACGUGUUGUUCAACGGAUACCUGCCCCCCCCAGUCUACCCGGCCAAGCGGCGGAACCGCCACAGCGUAGCGGGGUCCCAGUUCAUGGCGGGCCGGGCCACGGCGGUGGAGAGGGCGCCGGUGCGACGCAGCAACACCAUGCCCCCCAACCUGGGGUACUCCGGGAUCCUGGGGAGGGCCGUGGGCGAGGAGCGGACCUUUGCAGGUGCGGGGGCCGAUGCCGGCAUGGCCCGGAUCAUCUGUGGGCACCACAACUGGAUCGCGGUGGCGUACUCACAGUUCGUGGUCUGCUACAGGAUGAAGGAGUCCACCGGCUGGCAGCAGGUCUUCACCUCGCCGCGCCUCGACUGCAUGAUCGACAGAGUCGCGCUCAACGCCAAGGUGAUGGGCGGCUCGCUGGGGGACAACGACAAGAUGGUGGCCGUUGCCUCGGUGACGGAGAUCAUCUUGUGGUCCAUCUGCCCCGACGGCAAUGGAAAUGAAAUCGGCGUCUUCAGCCUCAACGUGCCGGCCGAGGCGCUCUUCUUCGUUGGUAACCAGCUGAUCGCCACCAGCCACACCGGGAAAGUGGGGGUUUGGAACGCCGUCACCAAACACUGGCAGAACCAGGACGUGGUUCCCAUCAGCAGCUACGACACGGCCGGCUCCUUCCUCAUCCUGGGCUGCAACAACGGCUCCAUCUACUACAUCGACGUCCAGAAGUUUCCUCUGAGGAUGAAGGACAACGACCUGCUGGUGACGGAGCUGUACCGGGACCCGACGGAGGACGCCAUCACCGCCCUGAGCGUCUACCUCACCCCCAAGACCAGCGACAGCGGGAACUGGAUCGAGAUCGCCUACGGGACCAGUUCUGGGACGGUGCGGGUCAUCGUCCAGCACCCGGAGACGGUGGGGUCUGGACCGCAGCUCUUCCAGACCUUCUCCGUCCACCGCAGCCCCGUCACCAAGAUCAUGCUGUCGGAGAAGCACCUCAUCUCAGGUUUCUCAGGUUUCCGGUGUUCCCGGUGUUUCCGGGAUUCUUUAAUCCCUGUCCCUUGUCUUGCAGGUUUCCCGGGUUCUUUAAUCCCUGUCCCUUGUCUUGCAGGUUUCCCAGUGUAA